AUGGCUCUUAUACAUAAUUAAAAUGACUUAUAAAAUAUGUUUAGUAAGGCUGGAAAAAUAACAUCUGAAAGAUAUGCUGUCUUUUAACAUAGAGAUUAAGAUAAUCAUACUAUUAAAAAAUUCAAUAGUCCACAACCAACUAAAUCUCCUGAUUCAUUUAAAAAAACAACAAUUUCUCAUCAAUUAUCCCAAAAUGAUACAGAAGAAAACCAAUUAAAACAUCUUCUCAAAUUAUCAUAACCCUUUACUAAAUAAAUCUCUAGACAAAUUGGACAUUAUACCUAAAUUCCAAAUAAUUGUAAAGCUUCAUGUGGAUAAUAUCAUAUUAAAUAUAGUGAACUUGAUAAGUAAUAUCAAUAUCCUAUACUUUUGACAGAGCUAUACAUUUAGUACCAAAUUAUGAUAAAACCUUGAAACAUACUAUUCCCAAAGAAGUUCCACACAAACAUGAGCCAAAUACACCCUUGGAGUAAUUUAAAUCAUUAUUAUAAUAGUACACCUAUUAUUGUCAAGCCUAAAUUUAAAUAUGAUAGUUUUGUUGAUUUAUAAAGAUAAAUACCAAGGUUUAUACAUCUGACAUAUUUAGACCUGAUAUUUUUUCAGGAAGACCUAAUAAUCCACAUCCUGAUAGAUUUCAAUUCUUAAAUGUUACUGAUUAAUGGAGUAAAGUACCAAGAUAACCUUAAAUUAAAUUAGAAAAGUUAUUAUCAAGAGAUUAGAUGUUGAUUUAUAAAAAAAAAGAAUUUGCACCUGAUUACAAACCUAAUUUUGAAUUUGGCAAAAAGUUAAUUCAUUUUUUAUUAUAUUAGAUCUUUAGGUAGUUGUGGAGCACCCUUCUAUAAAUUAGAAUAAAGAAAAGAUAUUUUAACUAAGAUACCUCCUUAUAAUUUUGAAAGUUAUUUUGAAUAUGAUGAAUAUUCUAAAAAACCUAAAAGUUAACUCUUUACUUCUCCUACUGCACCUAAUUUUAAAACUAUGUUAGAUAGAGAAUUUGAUUAACAUUCCCUAUUGCCAAGUUUUAUGCAAGUAAUAAACUAUUAUUAUAUUUAAAGAAAUAUACUAAUACUAGAUUAGGUAUUACGCAUUUAAAUUAAAAAAUGUUGGAAGUCAACAAUUUUAAAGAUGGAAGAUUCUUAACUGUUACUUCCAGUUUUAUUCCUACCAAAUAAAAAUUAUCAAAAAAAAAUCUAAACAAAUCCAGUUAAAAUUAAUCUUAAGAUGAAAUUUGA